UAUAUGGUGCAAAUCAUCUUUUUCAAUGGCACGUCAACGCGUUCCAUUCUGUAUCCACCUUAACUCUUUUUCACCAUAACCUAUAUUAUUUUUCCAAGCUUCAGUUGGCGCCAAAAAGCAUUGUGUGAGUCUGUGAUUGUGUGGUAGGUGUGUUUUGCUUCUAAAAAUUUUAUUAGUUUGAUGAUCAUGGCUUCUUUCAUAGGGGUACAGUUUGAAGAAGAAGGCAAUAUUGCUUUAAUAAGCAGCAAUUGGCUAACCCCUAGAAAAACGGAAACAUUUUGGCCCCCGUACAAAGGCCGCGAUCGCUACACAAAAGCAUUAUUGAAACAUUGUGCCCCUGAACCUGAUUGGCCAUUCUAUAAAGUUAAACGUGUUUUUUUUAAAUGCGAUAAUUAUGAAAAAGCAAAUAACAAAUUAAAAGAAGCUGAAUUUACUUCGGAUGUACAGUCAGAACAAGAAAUAGAACAGAAAUCCCGCCGCCGCCGACGUAAAACACCAAAAAGGCUUUACUCCACCAGUGAAGAAGACAAUUCCGAUAAAGAAAGUGUACGAAAACUCCAACGGCCACCUUUAAUAGAAUUCAACAUAUGCACAGAUACAACGGAUACAGAAAUACCAAACAUAAGUUUAACACCUGCAAGACUAAGUGGAAGUUUAACACCUGCAAGACUAAGUGGAAGUUUAACACCUGCUGUCAGUUUAAGUGAAUGUGAUCCAUUACCACCUAUAAGCAGUAAGGAAGUUCUUAGAAGUGCAAAUUCCGCUGCCAGCUGUAGCAAUAAUGUAAGACAAUUGCUAUCAGGCAACAAUAAACAAGUACCAAUAAGUGAAGAACUUGGUGGUCAAAUUUUAACAGCUGUGUUUCAUGUUGCUGAACAAAAUAAAGAAAUUUUAUCUAUUUUAAAAAGCCAGGGGUCUAGUGGGACUCCAAAUCAGUUACCAGAUGAUUUGCCUGUUCAACUGCCUUUGAUUACCCAAGAAGAUGUAAUUGAAUUUGAAAAGUACAUAACUAAUAACAUUAAUAAAAUUUUAGUGGUGUCAUAUCUAUCACGGUUGGGUGGAAAGGAUCUUGUGGCAAAAGUUAAUUCAAUUUUAAAAAGAUGCAUAAUUAACAAGUUGGCUUGUGGCUAUAGUUUUUAUGGAAAAAGGCAAAAUAAACAUUUCUUUGCCAAUUUAAAGUUAAAAACUUUAUUUGUUGAAGCUGUUCAGAGUGAGUGUACUUCAACCGAAAAAGAAGUUGAGAAUGCCAUAAAAGUUUGGUUAAAGCACGCACCUCAAAGUAACGACAGUUCUAAAUUGAUUGACAAUAGUCUGUCACUGAAAUCUGAUUGUAGUUAUAAAAAUGUGGGCACUGAAAAUCACUCAAAAAAUCUUAAUUAUAAUUUAAGUGGCGUAAAUAUUUUGUUGGCCCCUACUUCGUGUGAUAGCGGGUUUUCCGAUCAUUUGUCCACAGGCUUUUUUGUUCCAUCUGUAACAAUUUCUAAUAAUUCAUCAAGUCAGUUUGAAAAAGGAGUUUCUUUAACAGACAAGUUACGUUCUUGGGCUCUAACUACAUCUGCAACUCAGUCAAGUGUUACAAUUCUACUGCACUUGCUAAAAGAUUAUUACUCUGAACUUCCAUUAGACUGCAGAACGCUAUUAAGAACUCCCACAUAUAUGAAUGAAAAAAUAUUAGAAAGUGGUAAAUACUGCCAUUUGGGUCUUUCUGAAGGUAUAGCACGUAUUUUAAGGACAUGUGAUAAAAUCGAUUUCAAUGUGUUGAGUGUUAGUUUUAAUAUUGAUGGAAUUCCUUUAUUCCACAGCUCUGCUGUUCAACUAUGGCCAAUAUUAGCACAAGUCAAAAAUGUCUCUAGUAAACCUUUUGCUGUCGGUAUUUUUUGUGACAAAACAAAACCAAAGCCAUUGAAUAUUUUCCUAGAAAAUUUAAUUUAUGAACUUAAACAUCUACUAAGGGACGGUAUUCAGUUUAAAAAUAAAACCCUCAAGUUUGAAAUUAACAGUUUUAUUUGUGACGCUCCUGCACGAGCUUUUUUAAAAUGUGUCAAGUCGCAUGGGGGAUCUUCUUCUUGUGAAAGAUGCAUUGAUCCUGGAAGUUAUAUUGACGGAAGGGUUGUUUUACCAUGCACUAGUGCAUCUUUAAGAACAGACCAAUCUUUCAUCGAACAACUUGAUGAAGAUCAUCAUAUUGGCACCAGUCCCUUGGUUGAUCUUAAAAUGAAAUGGUAA